UUUAACGGCGGCGGCGGCAAAAAUGAGUCGUUGUGUAGAGUUCAAUAACAAUGGAAACUAAUACCAUCGCACGUUCUAACGUUUUUGCUCUCUCGAAUGAACAAAAUGCGAAGGAUCUUCUCAACAUCUGCGUCUAUUUGCACCAAGCACAGAACCCUAUUUUACAAAACUUCAAUAUCAGCCUUCUCAACUCAUGAACCUCCAAUCCCAUCUAUUUUAACUAGCUCCAUCGCCAAAGAUCAGGAUGAUCCAACUGAUAGAAGAAGAGGGUUUGGCCUUAUUCGCCUUGAAAAAGAAUCAGAUACCUCCAAUAAUGAAUCUUUCCGCGAUGAAUUUUCUGCCGAUGUUGAAAGGAUUUACAGAAUCCUAAGAAAGUUCCACUCACGGGUACCCAAAUUGGAGCUCGCUCUUCAAGAAUCAGGUAUUGAUAUGAGAUUAGGUCUAACGGAACGUGUACUGAACCGCUGUGGUGACGCCGGAAAUUUGGGGUAUAUGUAUUUCGUUUGGGCUUCAAAGCAACCAGGAUACAGUCAUACCUACAAUGUUUACAAAGCGAUGAUUAAGAUCCUUGGAAAGAUGAGGCAAUUUGGUGCAGUCUGGGCGUUGAUUGAGGAAAUGAGGCGAGAGAAUCCUCAGCUCAUCUCACCGGAGGUCUUCAUCGUUUUGAUGCGGAGAUUUGCCUCUGCUAGAAUGGUGAAGAAGGCUAUUGAAGUGUUAGAUGAAAUGCCCAAAUACGGUUGUGAACCAGAUGAGUAUACGUUUGGUUGUCUAUUAGAUGCUCUAUGCAAGAACAGCAGUGUAAAAGAAGCAGCUUCACUGUUCGACGAAAUGCGAACUAAAUUUCCACCCACAAUUAAGCAUUUUACUUCUUUACUAUACGGUUGGUGCAAAGAAGGAAAGCUUAUAGAAGCAAAGCAUGUACUAGUACAGAUGAGGGAAGCGGGUUUCGAACCAGACAUUGUAGUUUACAACAAUUUGCUAAAUGGGUACGCAGUUGCGGGAAAAAUGGCCGACGCUUUCGAUCUUCUUCACGAAAUGAGGAAGAAAAGUUGUGAACCAAACGCAGGGUCCUUCACAAUUCUCAUUCAAGCCCUUUGUUCUCAAGAAAAGAUGGAUUCUGCCAUGAAAGUUCUUACAGACAUGCAGAAUCACGGCUGUGAGGCAGAUGUGGUGACUUAUACCACACUCAUAAGCGGUUUUUGCAAAUGGGGAAAGAUCAAGAAGUGUUAUGAAGUUCUUGACCUAAUGAUUGAGAGAGGGCAAAUUCCGAAUCAAACGACGUAUUUGAAUAUCAUACUAGCGCACGAGAAAAGGAAAGAACUUGACGAGAGUUUAAUCGUGAUAAAGCAAAUGAUUGACAAAGGUUGUCAUCCUGAUCUCAACAUCUACAAUGUUAUUAUCCGUCUGGCUUGUAAAUUGGGCGAUAUAGAACAAGCGGUUUCAAUUUGGAACGAAAUGGAAGAGAACAGUCUCAGUCCAGGUACAGAUUCUUUCGUGGUUAUGAUUAAUGGUUUUCUUUCCGAAGGUUAUUCAAAUGAAGCUUGUGAUUAUUUCAAAGAAAUGGUGGAAAGAGGUCUUUUUUCUGUUCCUCAUUAUGGUAUUUUAAAGGAGUUAUUGAACAAGGUGUUAAGAGAAAGUGAUAAGAUUGAGAUGGUUAAAGAUGUUUGGACCUGUAUGAUUACGAAAGGUUGUGAUGUUAAUGUUUGUGCUUGGACAAUAUGGAUUCAUGCAUUAUUCUCUAAUGGACAUGUGAAAGAAGCUUGUUCAUAUUGUUUAGAGAUGAUGGAGGCUGGUUUAAUGCCUCAGCCUGAUACUUUCGCUAAGUUAAUGAUAGGUUUGAAAAAGUUGUAUAAUAGAGAGAUUGCUGGUGAGAUAACGGAGAAGGUUAGGGAGAUGGCUGAAGAAAGGGGGAUAACGUUUAAGAUGUAUAAGAGAAGGGGUGAGCGAGAUUUGAAGGAGAAAUUGAAAGAGAAAAUUGAUGGGAGGAAGAGAAGAGGUCGUCGUCGUAAGUGGGGAAGUAGUGUUGUUGGCAAAUCAAACGAGUUAUAGAUUCUUCGCAAAAUGAGGCAAUCCCUUUGUCCAUAUUUUGUUUCCAAUUUUGGGGUAAAUGCUUGAUUAUCUGCCUUCAAUUUGCAUAAUGGAGAACCAUAAUUGGAUUUAUUUUGGAGUUCUUUUUUGGCUGAUGUUUGUAUUUUUCUAUCAACUUAGAAGUUAAACUCCUUUGGUCCUAUGAAUGGUUGUGACCAUUUAUGAA